GUAGCUAUAGAGCCAUCUUGUGGCCCCAUCAUAUCUUCACCCAACCGUCGCCCAGCCACCCAAUUAAUUAUUUACAAGCCACCUAAAAAAGGCUGAGUUGUCGCUGUCAUACCCCAUCGGCAGCAUUAUGCCCUGUCUCGUCCAACGUGUACCUUAUAACCUGAACAAUAGCCCAGUGACAUUUCCUGACAUUCUUUAACCUGUGUCUGGUAACGGCAUUUGGCUCGUACUGUGUGGCGGUGUAAGCAUUCAUAGCACCCAUCACACAUUUAGUUCACCGCUGUCGCUUGAAAUUCUAUGAGCCCAACGAGAGUUCAACGCAAGACAAGUUGAGCCUGAGCAUUCCACAACUUACUCAGUAUACGGCAAUGCGAUCCAUAUCGGCUCUUCUGUUGUGUCUCGCUCCUCAGGCCCUCGCUGAAUCGGGUUCACCAAUAGCUAUCCGGAAGGUCGCCCCUGGUUCGCACGACAAGCUCCUUCGGGAGCAUCUCGCAUUCGCACCACUACACGGUCUUACUCCGCGCGAAGCUGCCGCCGCCGCCAUAUCAUUUCUUGACGAGCAAGAUGACAAACUUCUGAGCCUCAAUGGCACAGAGCGCUUCUACCGUCCAGCGUUUGCUCCUCACAGUGAAGAGUCCCACGAGAGCCUGCUGCGCCGAGCCGCAGAGGCACUAGCGUUGCUACAGAGGAGGUCGUCUUGUCCUAAGGGGAUGAACAGCUGCUCUGACAUUGAUUCCGAAGUCAAGUGCUGCCAGGAGGGAACGUAUUGUGUGAAUGUUGGCAAUGCAGUGGCGGGAGGCAUCGCGUGCUGCCCUGACGGUGCGUCUUGUGGUGGAGGUGUUGGAGCGUGCCCUGACGGAGCUACGAGCUGCUCUGCAGAACUUGGCGGAGGAUGCUGUAUUCCGGGAUAUGUUUGCCAAGGGUUGGGUUGCGUCCCAAGUGCUGUUGCUACACAGACGAGAACCGCAACUCAAGAUCAAACGACAGUCCUCACAACUUCUCAAGAAACAACUUCAGAGAGAUCCACAGUUGAACCUACUACCAAGACGGAAACAGAGGUUGAGACAACUGGAGAGCCUACGACGACUUCCGAAGCUGGAACCACAACCGAGUCUGAAACUGAAAUCGAGUCUGGGACAGAAGACAGUACUGUGACCGUGACUCCUACAGCCACAGGCUCAGCCACUGGCAUCGCUCCCUAUCGCCCAACUGGCACCUCGGUCACAUCAAGCGACGAUGGAGAGACCCAAACAGGCUGUCCCACAGGCUUCUACGGCUGUCUCGCCACUCACGGCGGCGGGUGUUGUCGAACAGGUCGAAACUGUGAUGUUCAUGAUUGCCCUGCUCCUUCGACAACCAUCGUCUCAGACGGCGCCACUGUGGUCGUCCUUGCAACCGAUGCUCCACCUGCCCCAGGACCCUCAUCAACUUGCGCAGAUGGCUGGUUCCUUUGUGGUCGAGAUGCCGGCCCUGUGGCUGGAUGCUGUCCAGACGGAUAUGAUUGCGGCACAGCGAGUUGCUUCACAGCACAGGCCAGUGAAACCGGCCGUGUACAGAAGGAAUUUCCCAAGGCCGAUGCAGCCGCCUAUGAGAAGCCCGCUAUCACAGUGGUAAUGAUGGUGGUGCUGUGUGUUGCGCUUGUAUGAGGGUGUAGACUUACUAUCAUGAUUUAAUGUCGGAUGAUUUCUGGGUGCAUAAAAAAGCAUUUUCUCAAUUCGAUCGC